AUGGGCCGAGAUGUAGCAAUCGCAGAGGCGGAAAGAGAAGAGCAGGAUCGCCAGGACGAUGUCCCACCACCACCCUACGGAGAACAACUGGGCAGAAUCAAGAGCCAGCACCAAGGCUUCGGCACCAAUGCAAACGUCGGAGACGACGGUCGUGUCAAUAUCCGCAUCGAUCAACGAAGCUCAUCCCUCUCGAAUAUCCUUGCGCCGGCGCUACGCCACCAAGAGGAAGCUCGAGACGAUGAGCCUGCCCCGCCGCCACCAUACAUUCCUCCCUCUCUUGGUGGUGAGGAGGGCGUACCACCUCCACCGCCAAUGACUGUCGUCAUCCAAGUGGUGGGGUCGAGAGGAGACGUGCAACCAUUCGUCGCGUUGGGCAAGGUGCUACAAGAAACCUAUGGACACCGCGUGCGACUAGCAACACAUCCCGUCUUCCAGCAGUUCGUCACCGAGAAUGGACUCGAAUUCUUCAGCAUUGGUGGAGAUCCUGCACAACUGAUGGCAUUUAUGGUGAAGAAUCCCGGCCUCAUGCCUGGAUUCGACAGCCUGCGAAGUGGUGAUAUUGGCAAUCGACGGAGAGAAGUGGGCGAGUACUUACGAGGGUGCUGGCGAUCAUGCUACGAAGCGGGCAACGGACUAGGACCGGCCGCCGCGGAUGACACACUCGAGCAAUACUCAAGUGAAGCUCCAGAGGAUGUGACAGAUACACCCUUUGUCGCCGACUGCAUCAUUGCAAAUCCGCCCAGCUUCGCACAUGCACACAUUGCAGAGAAGAUGGGCAUUCCCCUCCACAUCAUGUUCACAAUGCCCUACUCUCCCACCCAAGCAUUCCCGCACCCUCUCGCCAACAUUCAGUCAUCCAACGCGGAUCCAAAGUUGACAAACUACAUCAGCUACUCGCUCAUCGACAUGCUCACCUGGCAAGGCUUGGGCGAUGUCAUCAAUCGCUUCCGGCAGAAGAGUCUCGGUCUCGAGCCUGUCAGCCUGCUCUGGGCGCCCGGGAUGUUGCAGAGGCUGAAGGUGCCGCACACGUAUUGUUGGUCGCCUGCGCUCAUCCCCAAGCCUAAGGACUGGGGCCAGAAUAUUCACAUAUCCGGCUUCUUUUUCCUGAAUCUAGCGUCCAACUACACUCCCGAGCCCGACUUGAAGGCUUUCUUAGAUGCCGGUCCGCCUCCUGUCUACAUUGGCUUCGGCUCGAUUGUGCUGGAUGAUCCCAAUGCCAUGACAGAGCUCAUCUUUGAAGCAGUACGCACCACCGGUCAACGAGUACUUCUCUCAAAAGGCUGGGGUGGUAUGGGCGCAGAAGAGCUCGGCAUCCCGGAGGGUGUCUUUAUGCUUGGCAACGUCCCACAUGACUGGCUCUUCCAGCAUGUCUCCUGUGUGAUUCACCACGGCGGCGCAGGUACUACAGCUGCGGGUAUCACAGCUGGCAAGCCGACAGUGGUGGUACCUUUCUUUGGCGACCAGCCCUUUUGGGGGUCGAUGGUAGCCAGAGCUGGAGCAGGUCCAGAGCCACUUCCACACAAGGAGCUGACCGCCGAGAAGCUGGCAGACGCCAUCAACUUCUGCCUCAAGCCCGAGAGCCAAGCCAAAGCCAAGGAGCUUGCAUCAAAGAUCGCAAGGGAGAAAGGCUCUGAUGUCGGCGCGCAGAGCUUUCACCAAAUGCUGGACGUCGAUAAGCUGCGAUGCAUGAUCGCGCCGAGUCGACCGGCGGUAUGGCGUGUGAAACGGACUCAAGUCAGGCUGAGUGCCGUGGCUGCCUGCACUCUGGCUAACGAAGGUCUGCUCAGCUUCAGCGACCUGAAGCUCUUCCGUGCACGAGAGUAUGAGACAGAGGAUGGACCAUGGGACCCGAUCACAGGAAGCUCCACGGCCAUUGUUGGAACCGUGACCCAAAUGAUGAUGGGAGUCGCCGACUUACCGAUCGAGACCCUCAAAGCACUCAACAUCCAUCCCGAUGCCCAAAAGAAGAAGCGAGCGUCUGAAGCUGGCCAGGAUCUUGCAGAGAAUAGUGAGACAACCAAGGAGGGCACGACACAGUCGUCAGACCAAGACUCUGCCGGAACAGAGACUGCCAUCACUAGUGAAUCCUCCACGCCAGCGUACAGCCGCCAGAACUCUUCAGCACCGACCGUAAGGUCAUCCGAUUCGGCAAGCAAUCGCCAUCUCUCCGGUGCGACGGAACCUCAACGCCCCCGUGGCGACUCUCUCAAAGAGGCCCUUAGUGGUAGACUAAACGAACCAUCUCCGGCCGCAAAGCGUUCUGCAUCCGGGAGUUCGAGUCGCUCUGCCUCUCCACGCGGUGAGCCUACCAACUAUCUGGAGACCGCGGUCGGUACCAGCAAAGGCGUUGGACGCAUCUUGAGCGCCGCCUUCAAAUCCCCCAUGGAUACCUCAUGGGCCCUUGCGAAGGGCUUUCACAAUGCACCUAAACUGUACGGAGACGACACCGUGCGCAAGACUGAGCAGAUUACAGAUUUCCGGACGGGCUUGAAAGCGGCCAGCAAGGGCUUCGGAUACGGUUUGUACGAUGGCAUCACGGGAUUCGUUACACAGCCUGUGCAAGGAGCGCAAAAGGAAGGCGCUGCUGGCUUUGUAAAGGGCUUUGGAAAAGGACUGGGCGGCAUCGUGUUGAAGCCCAGUGCUGCCUUUUGGGCGAUUCCCGGCUACACGAUGAAGGGCGUGUACAAAGAGCUGAAGCUACAGAGUGGCAGCAGCGUGCAGAACUACAUCAUCGCCUCGCGCACCGCGCAGGGCUGGGAUGAAUGGAGUCGCUGCCCGGAAGACAAGAGGGCAAUCAUCGUGCAGCGCUGGAAGGGCAUGCAAAAGGACAUCAAGAAGAAGCGCAACCCGGACGAGAUUGUCCGCGAAAUCCUGGACGAGAAGAGAAGGAAGGCGCAGGAUUGGAAGCAGGAUCUCAAGGCCGGAUGGGAAGAGAAGAAGUCGCGCAGUCGGAACAGCAGCAUUGCCCGAGCUCGUACGGGCUCCACUGGUGCUUUCAACCAGAGUGCCACCACUCCUGGUAUGCACGAUCAGCAGAGUGCGGCUUUGCAUGACGAAGCCCGGCCGACAGGACCGCCUCAUGCCCGGACGUACGAGGAUCGAGCAUCGCAUCUUUCUUACGACGAACUUGACGAAGCCAUCUCGCAAUCCGUCCAGCAGACCUCGAAAGGCAACCACAACGAAGACGAAGCCGUGGAGAAGGCCAUUCGCGCGAGCAUGACAGAGCUGUACAAAUCCCGGACGCCUCACUCGAGCACCCAAGCUCCCUCGAACGAUGAUGACGACCCUGAUCUGAAGAGGGCUCUGGAGGCUAGUGCCGCUGAAGCCCAAAAGCAGGACAAUCAAGCAGACCCGCUCUACGACGAAGAACUGGAACGCGCGCUGGCGAACAGUCUUCGAGAACACCGGCGAGAGUUCGACAGUAGCGCCGACACGGAGGACGACGAAGACUACCAGCGCGCAGUCCGCGAGUCACAGGGCGAUGGGCCAAUCACUGCGAAAGCUGGCGGUGGGGAGAAGAGCCAGGCGGAGCGCACAGAGGAGGAGAUUGUCAUGGAGUACGUGAAGAAGCAGUCGCUGUUGGAGCAGCAGCAUCGGCAGUCUGCGGCGUCCAAGUCGCCGGGGAAUGAGGAGGAGGAUGAGGAGUUGCAACAAGCGCUUAAGGCGAGUAUGCAGGGCCAGGCUGGGCCUUCCAAUACUUGA